UCCACUUUAAACACAAACAAGUUUAAAAGAAGCCAUGCUUUGUGCUCAAAAGAUUAACAAGAUUGCCAGAUCUUGUCUUGGAGGGUUCUUAUAUUGAAUCAAAAUGUAUGAUAAAUAUUUACAAAUGUCAAGCGCUAGGGAGACAGUGGUGGUUUAAAUUGUCAUAUGAAGCCUCGGAUGGUAUCAGACCUCGUGUACUCAGUAAAGUUUCCACAUUCUCCGUUCCAAUGGGUCAACAAAGCAGCAGUGCAGACAAGGAAAGGGAGAGGCAGUUAAUGCAACGUCAUCAAAUUAAUAAGAGUGAGCUGGAAUCGUUGAGGAAACUGUUCCGCGAGCGCUGUGGCGGAAAACAUAAAGCCCUAACAAAGGCAAAGUUCCGUGAAGUCUACAGUGAGUUGUUUCCAGGAAAAUCUGCACAGUAUGCGGACGAAAUGUUUCGAUUGUUUGACAUGGACGGGAAUGGAGAAGUGGACUUUAUGGAGUUUGUUCAGAACAUUUGCAUGUGUGAUAGUGACGAUAUUGAAGAGAAAAUCGAGAUCGCUUUUGCUUUAUAUGAUAAGGAUAAUAGCAAGACAAUAACACAAACAGAAGUUAGAACCAUGCUAGAGGCUUAUACAAGUAUGUUGGGUGUUCCGCUAGAGGGAGGAAAAACAGGAGCCCAGAUAGCUAAGGAAUUCUUCGAGGAAAUGGAUGCCGACGGUGACACGUUUGUAACGUUCAAUGAAUUUCAACAAGCAGCACGACGGAACUCUGCCAUCUUAAGCAUCGUUAAUCCAAAACCUCCAAACUGGGGCGACUAAUGAACGUUAAAUACCGUGCAACGUGAAAUUACCGGUUCCAUAUCUUCUCUAAACAAUUUUGUCUCAUUAUUUACUUAAAAUUUAAAUGACCAGUUGAACAGCUAUCUACAUGGAAAGUCGACAGAAAACAGCAUUAGCCUUACAAAUAUUGAUAUUAAAUACUAAUCAUAGCUACGAGGCCCUCGUAUAAGUUCAAUCUUAAAUGAAAGAUGGUUUUUAACGCAAAUUUCAACUCUCGAUUAAUAUUCCAUGUAAAGGAUGUGAGUAUGUAUUUUAUUUUAUUUUUUAAUUUUCAGUCAAUAGCGAUUUACUGAAAAUAAAUUAUUUUAUACGUGGCAGUCGUCUACAUCCAUUCUUUCAACUUCUUCUAAGCGCCUUCUCCUCCUUCGCAGUUUAUUUGGAAGAAAACAACCGCCAAAUUUUACAUUUCUGCUAUGAUUCUCUUACUAUGGACAAGACAAUCAAGUUCCAUCCUAGCUGUCCUAGCUACCACGUUACCGCCAUUAAUGGAAAUAUAUUUAACAAUUUAUCAGUUUUGAAAUCACCGGACCAUUACUAACGGUCGUUUCCGGAAAGAGAAUCACAUUGGUGUUCUGUUACGCAAUUAUGUUUUAGGCGAAGAUAACGAAAAGUGAUCAACCUCAUAAUCCUUACAAGAAUAAAAAAAAAAUUGGGAUCAGGACAGACACUGACCCCUUGAAGCACCAGAUCAGGUGCUAGAGGAUUAUCUGUUUGUUGGUUCACAAUGACUUUGUUUGAAUUGUUCAUUGCGUCGUCUUCUCAUGUUGAGCGUCGCCAUGCUCCGCGCUUACGGCCUUUGGACAGGAAGUGAUCUUUAUUGUGCCACACCUACUGUUACACAAUGCCUCGUGUUUUUUUUUUAGUCUUCUCCGAAAGACCGCCGAAUUUGUUUAGCAUGAUGAGUUGAUAGGCGUGUUCUACCUUUGUUGGAAUUUUAAAUUGAGGAAGCUAUUGUCAGAUAAUUUGAUGUUACGUCUCGUUUAAAGUCAGCAUUUCGCAAAUAAUUUGGUCAUUAUAACUAUCUAAUUUACAAAUAUAACAUGUCGCUUGGUCGAAUUGCUGUCUGGAAUGUUUCAUACAACUUGUUUGACUGGUCUUUGCAUACUUAAUUUGACUACGGAUUACUACGUUUGCUUGAUCAAGUUAUUGGGGUCACGGCAGGUGUGACUGGUCAACAGGGGAUGCUUACACCUCCGAGGCACCUGAUCCACCUCCGGUAUGUCCAGGGGUCCGUCUUUGCCCUUCUGUUAAUUUUGUAUAAGUAUUAUGAGAUUAAUCACUGUUCUUUACCUUCACUUUUUCAUGAAUAUUUUGUAUAUUUCUGACAUGACGGGGUUAUGAUGGCUAUGAGUUGAAUGUUCACAUUGCGAUGUUAACAAGCGAUAACAUUGUAACAUUGUCAUCGUAACAUAGAUUCAUUAAGUUUACUAAUUUUAUUGAAAUAUAAUUUUGGGAAUAUACGCAUGUCUUCAUUUUGCUUGAUGUAUUGUUUUAUUGGCUGCAGACUAUUCUUUUCCACAUGUCAGGUGCUUACAAAGUUACUUUCACUUCAAUGACGGAGUACUGCCGACUUCGUUUUUAUAGAUCCGUCCUAGGUAUGUAUUUUGACACUGCGGCUAUUGUGAAAAUAGACAGAAAUGUUGAAAUGUCAAUAAGGUAAAAAUUCAGUCUUUCUUUUACAAAAAUUGAAUUAAACUUGUGUUAUUUAUUCGUGUAAUUUAAGAAUUAGGAAUAUUUUACGUUUUAUUGUAACGAAAUUCGUUAUCCAUUGAUUUUGCACGUAUUUAGUUGCUUUCUAAAAGUACGUUCUCCGUUGGAUUGGGAAAAGUAUAUAAGCUUGUCAACGUCUGCUGGCGGAAACUUCCGUAUUGUUUCGCUAAGAGGAAGGAGAUGAAGAUUAUUUUUCGGUUAAGAAUUAUCAUUUUGAAUUUAUUAGAAAAUUAACUUAACAAGUUAAUGUUAGGUUCUAUUCAAAGAUAAUUUCAUUGAUUGAAUGAAAAUGCAUACGAUG